AUGGCUGUCCUAGCGGCCUCGCUGCCCCCUGGUGUCUCACCCCCGCUGACGGAAGAUAACGACCAUAACCACAACGGGCUGAUCGUGAUCAUCACCUCUUUAGCACUCUUCUUAAUUCUCGCGUCGCUGGGUAUCAGAUUGUUCGCAUCUUCUAAAAGAGGCCUUAUCUUGAAAGACGACUACGUUCUCUUUGCUGUGGUGAUAUGCGCCUGUACCCAGGUUUCGCUGGUCCUCCUCCAGGUUCAUUAUGGGUGGGGAAAGUCCGAAGAGAUGAUUCUGCCUGGCGACUAUACGCAAAUGGAAAAGGUCGGAUACGCGACAGAUCUCUUCUAUGUCCUUGUCCUAGGAUUGUCAAAGGUCGGCACAAUGUUGUUCUAUCAAAACCUCUCUCUGGAACGCACAAGAUGGAUGGUUAAUGUCGUUUUGUCAUGUUGUGCCGUCUGGACCAUUGUCGCCAUAUUACUGCUAGGCAUACGAUGCAGCACUCAUCCUUGGAAUGACAUUGACAGAGAGUGCGGCGGCCUCUUCCCCCGAUGGCAAGCCAUCUGCGCAUUCGACAUAAUCUUAGAAGCCAUGAUCCUAUCAUACCCAGCGAUAACGAUCCGGAACGUCCAAAUAUCCUUAAGCAAGAAACUCAAAGUGCUAUCAAUCCUCAGCUCUCGGAUCAUACUAAUCCCUCUUUCCGCAAUUCAUUUAUACUAUAUCCACUCUCAGAUUUACUCUUCCAACCCCUCGCUCAUCGGUACCUACGCUACCUCCGUUGCAGAGCUCCAUCUCAGCCUGAGCAUCGUGCUCCUCACCGUCUCGUGCCUGAAAAUGUUCGUCGCAGUCUAUGAGGAUGACCAUGGCCUCGCAUACACAGAAGAUGCUUCAAAGUCGCAGAGUCACAGCGGGUGCACUCCCCCUAAGUCGUGGCGGUCAUCCCGACCGGUAAAAGGCCUCAGCUCCUUUGGCAGUAACGAGGACGAACCAAUCCUUCGGACGGAGGCGACGGUCUCAGCGUCGCCAGCGCCUUAUGAAGCGUAUCAGAGCAACGCGAUACUCAAAAGUGUACGGAUAUCGGUGACUCGGGAGAGCAUCGAGUUGGAUGAGAUACAGGGGUCAUCUUCUGCUGGAAAGUCGAGGAUGACAUAA